AGAUCCGCAGGGAAAUGACUUGCCAGUUUCCAUGCCCCUGCGUGCGUGCUCCCGGGGGAGGGCGUGGAAAGGAUACAGGUAAGCGCCGGGGCGCGGCCGCCCGCCGCCGUCCCGGGCGCCCAGCACGUCUGCGGGUCCGGCGGCCACGCGCGCGCCUGCGCUCUGGGCUCUCGGCCUGCCCGCCAGCAUCCUUCACCUCAGCGCCGCCCGCAUGGCCGCUCGGCCUCUCUCGUCCUCUCCUCGGCGCUCCGGGCCGCGCGUCUGCCGGGCCCCGCGUCACGGGCGUCGCAGGCUCGGCUGCGGCAGUCCUGGCUUCGCAGCGGCUCCGGCGACUGUGGCGACGGCAGCGGCGAGGGCGGUGACCUCGCGGUGCGACGGCGGAGGUGGCGGCCGCGACCCCGCCGCAGCCAUCUUGACAACCAACCGACGCCGCGUCCUUCGCGACGGAAACCAGGCGGAACGCGGGGCGGGGCUGCGAGGGGGAAGCGGCCAAUGAGGGGCCGGCUCGCUCAAAGGGGCGGCCGAGGCAAGCGGAGGUGAACUGAGGUACACCGCAGUGUGAUGAGGUAAAUUGAGGCGAGCUGAGGUUUAACUGAAUUACGCAGUCAAGCUGAAUCAAACUGAGAUUACACCUUAUUAAGCAGAGGCAAACUGACACAAGCAGAGGUACCGUGAGGUAAUAUGGUGCAAGCUGAGGUUAAAGCGACUUACCAUUUACCAAGAUCCUUAUGUCCUUGAUUGGAUGCCAGAGUCUGCAAGUGGACCAUCACAGCAAAAGUGGCCUGAAAAGAAGUCCAGAUUUAGCUUAAUAAUCUCCUGGGAAGCUUUCAACUCUACUAGUCUCCUCUAAUUUCCCAGAAGGCUCAAGGACACUACAAGAAAAACUACAGAAUCAACUAACCUGGAUCCACAGGGACUCACAGAAACUGAACCACCAACCAAGGAACAUGCAUGAGAGCUGAUAUUUGAGGAAGUGUUUUUAAUAAUCCAAGAAAAAUAUGAUGUAUACAUCCCAUGCAUCACUCUUGCUCUUAAAUGUAGGUACUUUCAUUUGUGGAGAAGCUGUGUAAGGUAGCUGUAUUCAUCAUUCUACAGAUUCUCUAGUAGGUAACAAUGUGGAAGAUGAAGCUAAACUCAAAGAGAAAAGUUAAAGUAAUGAUACUGUGUAUAAGGAGGAUUGUAGAGAGUCAUGUGAUGCCAAGACCAAAACAGCUCGAGAAGAAAAACAUUUUAUGUGCAGAAAUCUGCAAAAUUCUAUUGUUUUUUAUACAAGAAGUACCAGAAAACUACUAAGAAAUGUAAUGAAUGAGCCACAAGCAUCUUUGGAUUAUUUAUCUCACCAGGUUACUGAGCUUAUGAAUAAAGUUCUCCUUUUGACUAUAGAAAUUUUUAGAAAACACCCAGGUCCUUUUUCUCCUGGGGCUGUUCAGUCACAUGGUUUGGAUUGCACUGAUAUUAAAGAUUCGAUUGGCUCUGUCACUAAAACCCCUAGUGGUUUAUAUAUAAUCUUUCCAGAAGGAUCUAGCUACCCAUUUGAGGUUUUAUGUUACCGUUAUGGAGGCAGAACUGAUGGACAACCUCUUCUUCAGAGAAGGCUCAGUGGGACAGCCGACUUCCAAAGGCUGUGGUGUGAUAGGCUGGAUGGAUUUGGAGACCUUUUAGGUAAAAUUUUAUAAUUUUGGUUAGGACUGAAAAGUAUUUUUUACAUAGUAAACCAAAAAGAUUCUAGUUUUAUGCUUCAUGUGGCCCUGGAAUCUGAAGACAGCACACUUGGUUAUGCUUCAUAUGAUAAUUUUUGGCUAGAGGGAACAAAAUUUUUUAAAAUACACUUAGAACAAUAUUCAGGAAAUGUUGGUGAUGCAUUCCAGGGCUUCGGAGAAGAUGAUAAUCAGAAUGCAAUGCCUUUCAGCACCUCAGGUGUUGAUACUGAUGGGUGCCACCCUGCUUGCCUGCUCAGUAGUCAGUCAGUGAAGAGCUGCAGUCACCUGCAUGAAGACACCAGCUGGUGGUUUAGCCAACACAGUCUCACGAACCUAAAUGGCAUCCAUCACAGUCCUGGCAAACUUGGUACAACUGGAAUUCAGUGGGGCACAUGUAUCAAAAACAGCUCAGUUGUCAAGAUUAAAUCUGUUUCAAUGAAAAUUAGAAGAACUUACAACCCAAAUUUAUGUAAUUUUAUUUUAAAUUGUAGUGCAAUUUCCAUAGUUAUUUUUGAAAACAUGUUAAAUUUUUAUAUAGUUUUUUUAACCUAGAGUUUAAUAUUUUAGCCACAAGAUGAGUAUAGAUGGCAUGUUAGUGUUAUGGUUUAAUUAGUAAACUUCAAUGUUGUAGAAUUCUAUAAAAGCAAUCAUGGCA